AUGGCGCCCAAACAACGAAACGCCGCGGCGCAGACACCUCCCCCCUCCAGCACCGCACCCCCUACCCGGGCGCCAGCAUGGACACCAUCACCGCCGACCACAACACCAAAACCGAGCUUGUCCAAGCCCACCACCACCACCACCACAGGGGCCGGCGGCGGCGUCCAGACGUGGGACAAGAUCAUCAACAACGUGCUCUCGCACUACCUCGACACCACCCCGCAGCGUACCAAGCUGCUGGACGCUUUCAUGGUAUUCUUGGUGGCGGUGGGUGCGCUGCAGUUUGUAUAUUGCGUUCUGGCGGGGAACUACCCCUUCAAUGCAUUCUUAUCCGGAUUUGCGGCGACGGUGGGGCAGUUUGUUCUGACGGCGUCGUUGAGGAUCCAGACUACGGAGGCGAACAAGGGGGAUUUUCCUUGUGUGUCGCCUGAGAGGGCGUUUGCCGACUACGUCGUGUGCAGUUUGAUCUUGCACUUUUUCUGCGUCAAUUUCAUCAACUAG